UUGUUUCAUUCUUCUCUCGCACUCCCACUCCCACUCCCACUCCCACAACGCGAACCAUUGUAGCUGCUGUACGGACCACGCACCCACACGGCUUCACCUCCGAACGAAAAAAAAGAAAAAAUGGAUGGACAUGAUGGGGAAGAUCCUAAGCAAAGCACUGCUGAUAUGACUGUUUUUGUGCAAAAUCUUCUGCAGCAGAUGCAAACAAGGUUCCAACAAAUGUCCGACUCGAUUGUUACAAAGAUUGAUGAGAUGGGAGGCCGCAUAAAUGAAUUGGAGCAAAGCAUCAACGAUCUACGAGCAGAGAUGGGCGUGGAGAGCUCUCCAUCUCCAGUUCCCCCAACCAAGCCACAGUUAGAUGAUGUGAAGAAAGAGGAAGGUUCUGCAUAGUGUUGAUGCUGUGCAUGUUUUACAUGGAGUGAUGAGUUUGGUUUGAUGCCCACUUUCUUUGUCUGCGAUUAGUCUGGAGAAUGAAAACACUGCUGUUAUGGAAUAUUAUUUAGUGCCUUAUAUGUUUUUGUAGUUAAAUGCUGUUUUUCUUUCAGAAAUACAGUGCUGGGAGUAGUUAUUUUCUCCCCCAUUGAAAUGUGUUGGUCGUUUGACAUUAAUGGGGAAGUUAUGAAUAUGAAUAUCUGUUUCAAUUAUUAUUAUAUUUUUAUCGAU